UGCGACUCCCCACAUUUGGUAACACUGAACUGGUCCGCAAAGCUCUUCGUGAAUAUUUUGUAAUAGCCUGGAAUAAAUCAAGAAAUGGUAAUAGGUGUCUUUCCUGCGGCCAAGCUCGGCGUCUUGGCCAUCAAGCAGGUCAGCAAGCCGAUCGCCAACGUCCUUAAGUCAAACGCCAAGUCCAGCCCGUUUUUUAGGAAGUAUAUUUGCAUGCCGCCGGCACAGUUUUACAACUGGGUAGAGGUCAAGACCAAGAUGUGGGCGCUGAACAUGGGCGGAAGGAGUGUCAAUGUGCCGCCCCUGAACGAGGCAAUGGCCAUAGAGCUGGGUGCCAAUCUGCUGGGCGAGUUCAUCAUCUUUGCCAUUGGCGCCGGUCUGCUGAUUUUCGAGUACUCGCGACAAACCGCCAAGGAAAACAAGAAGAACGAGGUCGCGCAAAUGGAAAAGAUGCAGCUGACCAACACCCUGACGGAGAUGAGCUUCCGCCUGGAGCGACAGGACGCCCAGAUACGCGAGAUGACCCGAGUACUAGCUGACUUGGAUUCGCGCAAUAUCUUUAAAUGGCAUAAAGAGCCUCUGCAGGAGUAUGUUCCCUUCGAUCCCACUACACCAGAUCAGAGCGCCAACGCCCGGAAACCCAAGAGUUUUGAAGGCUUUUAUGAUCCACAAGGCGGCAUGGCAUUCCGUGCCCUUAACUUCCUAGAGACGCAGAUUUUCGUCGAUGGCCGCAAUCGCAAAAAGAAGGAGGCCCUACAGCACAUUGACGAGGUUGCGGAACGGCUGGAGCAGUCACUCAGUGAGGCGGCCACCGUUGCAUCUUCCCUGCCAUUAAAAGUAGAACAAUGACCCAAGCGACUGGAGCAGGAUGUGGCCCUGCUUAUGUUCGCUGUGGCCAUGGAGGAACAAUAAGUGCUCUCGCUUGUACAACACAUUCACCUGAAGACCAUUCAUUGAUGCUUGUUAUGAUCAAUUCGCGUGUUACCAUUACGUACUCUAAGUAAAAAAGUCAAUAGCUGUAUAUAACUAUUGUA